CAUCCCUGCUUACAUGGCCGACCCUUACACACAAAUCCCAAUUCUCCAUUUUCAUCUCUUUCAAAACCAACCAACCUAUCUUCUUCACCUUCUUCAUCUUCUUCCUCAAAACCCAAAUUCUUCAUUACAAAAUCAAAUUUCAUUUCAAUCCAGUUCAAUUCAAUGACCAUGCCAUUAACGCUCUUGCUCCAACCCAAUCUCUCCCACUUCAAAUCCACCCAAUUGCCUUCUCUUCCACGUCGCACGAACUUCGAUAACCUCGUUGCAAUACCAGACUCCAAACGCCGCGUUUUCACUGUAAAAUGUCUCUCAUCGGGCAAUCCUCAAAACAUGUCUAGUUCACAAUCGGCGUGGGAGGUUCUCUCGAGCACACUUUCGAACACGUUGAAGGCGCUGAAGAAACCAGCAAUAGCCGCGCUCUUGGUGGGGUUGUUAUUAAUGUACGAUCCAAAUUCUGCAUUCGCGGCUUCUGGAGGAAGAAUGGGAGGAAGGUCGUUUUCUUCUUCUUCGUCUUCUUCUUCGUCAAGGAGUUAUUCAGUGCCGAGGACUUCGGGAUCGGGGUUCUCCUAUUCGGCGCCGUAUUACGCGCCUUCUCCGUUCGGUGGGGUUUAUCUGGGGCCCGCCGUAGGGGUGGGAGUGGGUGCGGGUUCGAGUUUCUUUUUUAUCUUAGCGGGGUUUAUGGCCUUUGUUUUGGUUUCUGGCUUUCUUUCGGAUCGCUCCGAGGGUAGUGUGCUUACUGCUGCUGACAAAACCACCGUGUUAAAGCUUCAGGUUGGAUUGUUGGGGAUGGGUCGCACACUUCAAAGGGAUCUGAAUAGGAUUGCAGAAGUUGCUGAUACAUCAACUCCAGAAGGACUGCAUUUUGUGUUGACAGAGACAACCCUAGCUUUGCUUCGGCACCCUGAUUACUGUAUCUCAGCAUACUCAUCUGUGGACAUAAAGCGGGGUAUUGAAGACGGGGAGAAACGUUUUAAUCAACUUUCCAUUGAAGAGCGGGGAAAGUUUGAUGAAGAAACUCUGGUCAAUGUCAAUAGUAUAAAGAGACAAAGCACAAGAAGCCAGAGAGCUAAUGGGUUCAGCAAUGAAUACAUCGUGAUAACAAUCUUGGCAGCUGCUGAAGGAGAGCAUAAACUUCCUACCAUCAAUGGAAGUGGAAACUUGAAGGACGCUUUACAGAAACUUGCAUCCAUUCCAUCGAGUAAAUUAUUGGCAGUUGAGGUGUUAUGGACACCCCAGAAUGAGAACGAUACUCUCUCAGAACGGGAAUUACUUGAAGAUUACCCACUUUUGCGGCCAUUGUAGAUUGUGAUGACAUUCUUGCGUUCUGCUUCUGGCCUUCUACAGCCAUGAACUGAAACUGUGUUGUGAUUGCAUAGUUAGGGAUCAUCUUCAGGAUUGAGAUUGUCCUGUGCAAGGCAAUUUUCAGCUCCCGCCACAGUCAGUAAUGACGUUGAAUCGCUCACAAAGGUUUUACUAUUAAAUAUUGAUGAAAUUAGUUGUAAAAAUUACCACUAGGAUCUACUCUAAAGAAUAUGUACAAUAUUAUAGAGAAUAAUUGUGUCACUGAAAUCUGAAAUAGGUACCCUUUCUGUUUAGAAAUUGCUCUGCUUUUAAAUUCUGUGAACUUUUCCACAAUUGUUACGUGCAAGCAGUAUAAUAAUACAUUAGUUAAAAGCUUUGAAGUUUGGCAA